GGUGAGUAUCCGACUUCCGUGCUUGUUUCUCCUAAAAGUCAAAUAAAUGUGCCAUCUUUUACAUCGCCAGUGUAUGCUACUAAGUCUAAUGUCAUCACCGUAAUUCAUCAUCAGCAAAUGAUUCACAGACUGCAAACGUGGACUUGAUUUUCAAGAAACACAUUUUUGGACGUUUUGAUUGAGACAGUAUUUCCUGAUUUCAUGUGCCUAUAUAACCGAAGCUUACAUCAAGCAUGGCGAGCGCAAUGAACUCUUCAGCUCAGGAUGAGCAUUAUGAUUACAUUUGGAAAGUUGUUCUGGUGGGAGACAGUGGAGUGGGGAAGACGAACCUACUGUCCCGGUUCACGAGGAACGAGUUCAACGCGGAGAGCAAGAGUACAAUAGGAGUGGAGUUUGCCACGAGGAAUGUGACCAUCAAAGGGAAGACCAUCCGUGCCCAAAUCUGGGACACUGCCGGACAGGAGCGAUAUAGAGCCAUCACGAGUGUGUACUACCGGGGAGCCGUUGGGGCGCUGGUCCUGUAUGACAUCACGAAGCCCCAGUCCUUCCAGAAUCUGGACAAGUGGCUGCAGGAGUUGAAGGAUCACGCCGACCCCACGGCCUGCAUCAUGCUGGUCGGCAACAAGACGGACCUCCGACACUUGCGAGCUGUCACCAUGGAGGAAGGCAGGACAGUGGCAGAAAGGAAUGGUUAUUCCUUCAUAGAAACUUCUGCGCUAGAUUCUACCAAUGUAGGAGAGGCAUUUAAUAAUCUUAUUGUUGAUAUUUUCAAGAUGCAAGUGGAAGAGCUUGCCAACGCUGGUAACUCGACGGCCAACUCCCCCAAGCCUGAUAAUCAGAGGUUAAGCGCAACAGAUGAUGAACAGCAACAGCAGGCUUGUGGAUGCUAGCUUCUCUCUCUUCCACAAGCAGGGACUGGUCUCAGACCAUACAGGGUUGUCUCCCCCUACAUGCUUCAUUCGUCACCAGGGGGAGUAUUGGCUGACUUGGAGCUUGGAUUCAAGACACACAGCUUUGAGAACUUUCACAUGUCUUGUCUUAAGGUUAACCUGGCUUCCAUGUUCAAAUUGCAGUGUUGAUGUCUUGGACAGACUCGAUCAGUGUCAGGGAAUGGUCUUCCUUUGGAUGGGGUAUGUUGGGAGGGUUCACGAAACGGGGAGAGAGAUGGUGAGGCCCAGGUCUAUCACCAAGCCUAUUGUAAGCCUCUGGGACAAACACAGGAAAUACACAUUUGAGCAUCACUAUUUAAUGGAUUUUUACUAUUAGAAAAUUGAAACAUUUGUAUUAGUAUUAUCCAAUUAAACAUUGAGCAUGUUAUUACUUUUCUAUAAAGUUUUAUUAAAAGGGUUGUGAAAACAAAAGGAUAAAUAGCUGAUAAAAACAUAACAUAAAUUAAAAACAUUACAUACAUUUUAUAUGGUUUGUCUCCCACACAGAAAACACAGCCAGCUUAUCGAAGCUUUUAAGUUCGGUAUUGGGUAUCAUUUGACAAAUAAUUACCUGUGUUGGAAAUUGUUGAUAGAAUAACCCCAUCUUAUGAUUGGCUGUUCCUUAAAAUUUCUGAAAAGUUGAAGUGACCUGCGAGUCCAAUAUGCCAUUUCUCAUGGUUAUAUUCUCGACGAUGAAUAUUGACCUUGUGACAAUGUCAUGUGUAUGUUCAACUCAAGAUGGCCACCUGUAUGAGUCUGAUUUGCACGUCUGAUUGAUGAUAUCUGCAUGGCCGAUGUACAAUUUCUUAUGGUUAAGUCCUUGACCUUCAUUCGACCUUGAGAAGUCAAGGUCAUGUGUACAUGAAGUUGUCCUCCUGUAUGACUACCUGUGUGAGUCUGAUUUGCACAACCGAUGUACAAUUUGUUAAAUUCUCGACCUUGAGUCAAGGUCAUGUGUAUGUGAAGCUCGAAGAUGGCCGUCUGUAUGAGUCUGACUGACAACAGUCCUUGCAUCCUAUUCCUUCCAGUCCGUGGGCUAUAUUUCUUUGUUAUAUCCCUCACUUUCAUAUUACACAGAACAGGGGGCGCGUGUUGUGUACAUUUCAACUUUUAUUGUAUUGUUGCAAAUUGUGGCGUUAUGAUUUAGGACAACACUUUUGUUUUUGUGUUUCACCUAUCUUAAGAAUAGCUAAUUAUAAAAAAAUAAUCACUUCUUUAUAUCGAGGAAGGUGCAGAGGCAAUAAUGUGUUUUCGUGAAGGGGAUGUAACUCUUUGUUUUCUUAUCCCAAUGUCUUUCUGAGACUCAGAAGCAAUGACACGAUAAUUUGGGCGGCAGUUAUCAGAGACAGGAAAAUAUACAAAUUUCUCUCUCAGGCCACAACAAAUUUAUGAUGUUCUUUUAUCAGACUUUUUGGUUGCUGUUGACUUUGCUUCAUUUAAAAAAAAGUUUUAACUACAAUUAAUAAAUUUAUUUAGAAAUGAAAUUUCUCAUGGUUGAUCUGUUAAACAUUUUUUUAUUCCAAAACUAUGUUUAACACUUAUUAUGGCUUAGGUUUUCAAACAGUUUGAAUGAGAGUCUUGUUUAGGAAUAUACUUUUGAAGAUUUUUUCUGAAAUAUGGCAAUACUUAUAAAUAAAACAAAAAUGACUUAAUUUUUUAAAAUUUGUUUAAGACUUUGCUGUGGCCUUAUGGGGAGGUAGGGGUAGUGUUAUUCUGAGUAGGUGAAAGAAUACUGAAAACUAGGAGAGGAAUAUUGAGAUGCCCAUUUCUUUUUUAUGACAUUUUUCAGACAAAUCAGAUUACCUAGUUACUUGUUUUGCAUUUUUUUUCCUAAAAUUACCUGACUUCAGGAAGAAAAAGAAAUAAGAAUGAAAAUCUCUUUUUUAUGAUGUGAAAACUCUGUGAUGAAAUUGAUUACUGCAAUGUGCCUAUUACCUUAUUUUCUUGUGAAUAGUACACACCUACCUUUCAGGGAUUCAUUUUUUCAGGGGGCGGUGGGGUAGCCUAUUGGUUAAAGCAUUCACUCAUCACCCUAAAGUCCUGGGUUCAAUUUCCCUCAUGGGUCUAGUGUGUGAAGCCCUUUUUUUUAGAGUCCCCCGCCGUUAUAUUGCUGGAAUAUUGUUAAAUGCAGCAUAAAACCAUACUAACUCACUAACUUACUUAUUUUAGGUAGAUACUAUUCGGGAAAAUUUGAUAUGGUGAAGUGUUGCUGCAGCAGACUAACAGUCCAAAUGUCAAUAGAACUAUUAAAAUAAAAAGACCCAACUACCGGGUAUCUACAGUUACCAGGAGGGUGUUUCAAACAAGUAACUACUGUGCCCUAAUGAACAGUAAUGUACUGGUAUAAAGUUGAUUGAUACUGGUUCAAAUUAUAGGACAUGAAAAAGUUUUUUUCUACUUUUGAAUUAACUAUUUUGCUGUUCUGAAAGCUGUGUGGGUUGAAUGUUCAUCCUGGAAUAUAUUAUAAUGUUACAAGUAUUUUGCUUUAAAUCAGUUUGCUUUGGAUUAUGUUUGAGGUGGUUGUAGGUCAUCAAAGCAUGAAGUAGUUUGUCAUACCUGUUAUCAUGCCUCUUAUGAUAUCAAUGACCUCUUGAUGCAGAGGUCUGGGAAUAGAAAUAUUUCAUUUUCUUGACUUUAUCUGAUUAAAAUAAUAUUUCUUAAUGCCACAAAAUUAAUUAUUAGAUUUUCAUUUUUAAACAAAGAAAUGUGACAGGAGGCAUGUAUUUUCUUUAUAUUUUAUUUUCCCCUGUCAAUGGUUGUGCUUGAAGCAGAGUUUGGACUAAGUAUUUGGUGUAUUUCACUUGUUAAAGAAAGAAGGCCACACAAUGAUUUUCUUUGUUCGUAGGUAUUGUUUGUUGUUAUAUGCCACACUCAGCAAUAUUCCAGCUAUAUGACGGCGGUCUGUAAAUAAUAGAGUCUGGAGCAGACAAUCCAGUCAUUGACAUCAUGAGCAUCGAUCCAUGUGAUUGGGAUAUUAUGACAUGCUUCAACUAAGUCAGCGAGCCUGACCAUCCGAUCCCGUAAGUCGUCUUGUGUGACAGCAUGGGUUGCUGAAGACCAAUUCUAUUCUGGAUCCUCACAGAGGUAACAGGUACUAGGGUACAGUAGGACGAUGUUAGGCAGAUGUUUUCUCAUCUUCCCGAGGCAAGAGAAUUAACUGACAAUAAAAGUCCAGUUUCCACCCUUGCCGAACUAGGCUGGUAUUAUGGAGUUACAUUUUGGCUGGACUAACGAGUCUAUGCAUAGUCCAAUCACAAUCACACAACGAAAUCGAAAUCCGGUUCGUAAACUGUCGUGCAGCCACUGGUGGCGCUCCGUAGAGCCCAGACAUUCUUGCCUAGUUAGGCGAGGGUGGAAACUGGAGUUUUGUAGUCAGUUAACGGCCUUGCCUCGGGAAGAUAAUGUUUUCCAGGUGGAGGGGAAAAUCUAAUGAUUUAUUCUGAGACUUGAUAUGUUGAUGGUUUUCAUUUCUUAAACAUUUGCCUUAUGUAGUAUCAACUGGUUGUAGAUGUUUUUCCAUUUAUUUUAGUCAUAGAUGUUUUUUUGCAAGGUUUUUCUUACUAUAAUGGUGCAUAUUUUGUAAAUAACAAUUUUUAAUUCUUAUUAGUACCAGUUUUAGAUAAAAAAUAAUGUCCUUGUCACCAGCAAUAGAUAGUUUAUGUGAUGAAAAAUACUUAUACUCAGUUCCUGUAUUUGUCAGCGUAAACCUGACUAAUUUUGCAAUCUUGAUUUUGGGGAAACGCUGUCACAUAUCGGUUAACAAAUUAAUUACAUUUAACCAUAUUUAGUCUGAAUUUCACACGUUUCAGUGUGGAUAAGGUGUUUGAUAGUUGAAAUGUUAUAAGAUGACAGAAAGAGUACUUGCGUAUUUGAAAUGUUGUUAUGGCAAAUAAUCUAUUGCUUGUUAUAUAAUAGCAUAACAUAUGGUAUGAUUGCCAUCUCCACUAUACAGCGAAUGUACAUUUUCUUGCUUUGAUGUGAAUGGAAGUUUAUGGAAAUGAAAUGAUGCUUGACAGGAUGUGAAGGUAUUGUCCGAGUAGUUUCAUGACUUGGGUUAAUUUUGUAUAGCUAUUUCAACUACCGUAUUUGACAAGGCAAAUGCCUGUGUCCAUAUAAACCCCAAGGCCAAGGUAUGGCCCACUGGAAACAUCCGAUUUUUGAAAUAUUGUCUGACAAAUAACUGAUUUUCAUGAGCAAUUACAUAAAUAUUGAGAGAGAAAGCUGAUUUUUCAAACUUUAAGAGUAAAUCUUAUAAUCAAGUCCGUUACCCAAGGAAAAGAUUUUUGGACUUACUCAUGGUCAAAAAUAAAAAACACGCUUCCUGAAACCUCAGAAAUCGGCUGUUUGAACGUAUUUUGUCAUAGUCUAUAUUCACGGCAGUACCCCCUGCUGGUGUGGGGGGAGAGGUGGCCCAGUUGUCUAAAGCACAGCAAUUCAUUGUGCAGUGUUGCAUGCCAGAAACCUUGGAUUGUGAGUUGGAAUCCUGUUUAUCCUGAUUAUGUUUCUCAGUGUGUCAGUACAUACACGUGUUUAUGACACUCAGCCAUGGGGUAAACAUCCAAGGCCUAUAUCCCUUCAGGCGAGGACCCGUCGUGAUAUAACUGGAAUACUGUUUAUCCUGAUUAUGUUUCUCAGUUUGUCAGCACAUACACGUGUUUAUGACACUCACCCAUGGGGUAAACAUCCAAGGCCUAUAUCCCUUCAGGCGAGGACCCGUCGUGAUAUAACUGGAAUACUGUUUAUCCUGAUUAUGUUUCUCAGUUUGUCAGCACAUACACGUGUUUAUGACACUCACCCAUGGGGUAAACAUCCAAGACCUAUAUCCCUUCAGG